CAGCCCUCUGCAGAAGCAGGAAGCUUUCUUCUGGAGAUGAGCGUGGCCCCCCAGUUCAUGGCUCCCCGGGCCCCCCGGGGCCUGCAGCACAGCUGGGAGACAGCCUACCGGGGCCACAGGAGGAAGGUCCUGAAUGCACGGCCUCUGGUGGACACCCAUGCCCCACCCCCAAGAGGCCACCUGCUACUCAAACUCAAGAAGCUGAAGCUGGAGGAAGAGCGGCUCUCAGCCAUCCACAGGGACAACUGUUUGCUGCUGGAGCGGUUGGCCUGCAUCCUGCGGAGCCCAGGUACACGGACACCUCACACCAUGUAA